UGCAAAUUAAUAAGGUGUGUCUAGAGCGCAGCUCUGGCGAACUGUUCGCCUCCGAACGCGGAGCCUCGCACUGAUUGGCUCUGUUAGGAGACAAGAUCCGCCCCUCGCGGUGCACCGGGGUGUUGAAAUGACACCGUGGGAAAGCCGUGCUGUUCAAACCGCAGCAGACUUCACCUGACACCGCACGGACAAGUCGCACAUCCAUCCACGGCUUCAGCAUGAAGAGAAAUCACGACUUUAGCUCCUCGGACAGCGAGCUGGACGAGAACAUUGAAGUGGAGAAGGAAAGCGCCGACGAGAACCUAGACAUGAGCUCUCCUCUCGGGUCUGUUUCUCCUGCUACAACAUCUCAAGUACAAGCAAGAAAACGUCGCAGAGGGAUCAUUGAAAAGCGGCGCAGAGAUCGCAUUAAUAACAGUCUGUCUGAACUGCGCCGUCUUGUUCCGAGUGCUUUUGAGAAACAGGGCUCAGCUAAACUGGAAAAAGCAGAGAUUUUGCAGAUGACCGUGGAUCAUUUGAAGAUGCUUCAUGCAGCUGGUGGAAAAGGUUACUUUGAUGCCCAUGCUUUGGCUAUGGAUUAUCGUGGCUUGGGCUUCCGUGAGUGUCUGGCUGAAACAGCCCGAUACUUGAGCAUCAUUGAGGGUCUGGACAACAAUGACCCACUCCGCAUUCGUUUGGUGUCCCACUUGAGCAGCUAUGCCACUCAGAGGGAGGCUCAGACCGGUCUGAGUCAUCUAGCCUGGGGCUCAGCCUUCAGCACCCCUCACUUGGCACAUCACCUCCUCUUACCACAGCAUCAGCAGGGAGCAUCGUUAUCACGCAGCCCUAACAGUCUUCCAUCCUCAUCCUCAUCAUCGCCCUCCACUUCGCCAUCAGCACCAUCCUCAGAGCCUCAUGGCUGCAGCAGGCUGACUGUCACAACAAUCAGUGAGGCAGGAAAGAACAGGCUGCUCAGGGUACCCCAUGCAACAGGCACCAUUCCUCCAGGGCUCACAGCAGCAUCAGCAUCAAAGCUUUCUCCCCCACUUCUCACAUCCCUGUCCAGCCUCUCAUCUUUCCCCUUUCCUCUGAGUGCUUUUCCUCUGCUCUCACCCAGCUCACAUGGUCAAACCACCCCUUCCAGCAGCCUGGGGAAGCCCUAUCGACCAUGGAGCAUGGAGAUCGGCGCUUUCUGAACUUUUAAUCCAGAGCUCCAGGAGAAAUGACUUUUUUUUUUAAAAAAAGAAGAAAAAAAAAAAAGACUUUGAAGAGCGUUGGGUGUUUGCCGGUCAGGACUCAACUAAGUGGAAAGACAACCCAGGAUUUAUGUACCAGAGAAUUAGCUAUGUAUUUGUAUGUGUUUUAUUUUGUUUGAUUGUUUUUUUUACAGCUAUAUUUCAUUUCCAUCAAAUUUGAGCUAGUCCAGGAUAGGUUCUGCUGAUAGUCAGGAUAAUAUCUUAAAAGCUUUGUCAAUAACUUCUUUUUUUUUCUUUUCUUUCUUUUUUUAAACAGGGUGCUGUACUGGUACAUUGCCCUGCUUGAAUAUUGAGGGAAGGCGAGGUGUUUUGAUGAAAUGUGUGUUUUAAGGCUGCGGUACUGUUGCAUCUAACUAGCUGGCACUGAGAAUAAAAGUUUUUAUUAUAGCAAAAUAUAAUAAGUAAUAUCAGUGUGUAGUUCUAACUAAGAGACAGAAUGUUUUCCACCCUGUGUUUCAAAUAACAUCCCAGAAUUCGGUUCCUGAGAUAAUAUUUAGAAAUCAUUAUGACUCACAGGUAAAAAAUAAUGAAGUCAUUUUUCUGCUUCCUCUCACAUAUUGCCAAGAUAGCAUAUUUUGUUUUAUGUUUGUAUUUGACUUUGUAUUUUACAAAGUUCAAGAGCUAUGCAAUUGAUCAGUGGUAUGACAAGAUUACAAGAUCUUCAAGAAUUUAGAUCUGGAUCUUUCUUUUAUAUAAAUACAUACAGUAAAACCUAUGCAACAAAGCCUUUAACACAAAUGAAUUAGGAUUUUGUCUUGCGACAUUGCAAAUUUUGACUUUUUUUUCCAUAUAUAUUUAUAUGAGAUAUCUUGAACUGCGGUAGCCAGGUUUUAGUUCAGUUGCUGUUAUAGACCCCUUUUUAAAUCAUGUCAGCUUUUAACAAUGUUUCAAAAGGACAAUCUCUUAAAAAGUCACUAAAUAAAUAAUGUACAAUAUCA